AUGGAGAAGCCUACGGAGCGCUCUGAGCGCGCAAACUUGUCCGGCCCCGGCUUCAUGCCCCGCCCUCCACUGACUGUCCAGGCAGUGACCUUGACCCUGGUGCCCCUCGUGUGCGCCGUGGGGGUGGCGGGCAACGCCAUGGUGGUCCUGGUGGUGGUCCGGAGCCUCCACACGGUCACGUCCACCAACUGUUACCUGGUGAGCCUGGCCACCGCGGACCUGCUGGUGCUCCUGGCGGCCGGAGUGCCCACCGUGACCGAGGCGGCCUCCGCCCGGGUUUGGAUCUUCGGCCACGCCGGCUGCCUGGGCAUCAUCACCUACCUGCAGUACGUGGGCAUCAACGCGUCCACGGGCUCCAUCACCGCGUUCACGGUGGAGCGCUACCUCGCCAUCUGCCGCCCUCUGAGCGCCCAGGCUCUGUGCCCCGCGGCGCGGGCCAAGCGCAUCGCGGCGCUGGUGUGGCUGGGCACCGGCGCCUGCUGCGUGCUCUGGCUCUUCUUGGUGGACACGCGCGAGGCCGCGUACGCCGACGGCGUGCAGGGUCACGCGCGUGCUCUUCGCGGGGCCGCUGCCUCCUGGCGACCCCCCGCGGGCCAAGGGCGCUUGUCUUCCCGCGGCCGGAGGGGAGCCCUCAGCUCCCGGAAGCAGGUCACCAAGAUGCUGGCUGUGGUGGGGGUCCUUUUCGCUCUGCUGUGGCUGCCCUACCAUGCCCUGGUGGUGGUGAAUUCCUUUCUAAGCCCGCCCUACCUCAACCUUGGCUUCCUUCUCUUCUGCCGCCUUUGCAUCUACGUGAACAGCGCCGUCAACCCCAUUGUCUACGCCCUCAUGUCCCAGCGUUUCCGGGAGGCCUUCCAUGGGCUGUUUCAGUACCAUCUGGCCCGGCCCAAGGCCCUGCCCCGGGAGGCCAGCCUUGUUUACUACGGGGUCAUCAGAGACUGUUCCCAGCACAGACUGGGCUCUUGGAAGAAACCAGGGGGUGUGAUGUCCAGACAGGAAGGGGAUCCUGCCACUUCACGGUGA